GAAGAGUCAUCCAGAGGAAAAAUUCUGUCACAGGGUCUGGACCUCAGUGUUGUAAAAUUACCAUUUCAUGCACUGUUGCCACCAUUACAUCAACUAUUAUAGUAAUAAAAUACUUCGCUGGCUAGCUAACAGGCUAGCUGUUUGUGUGUAUUCUUCGACUGAGGAAAACGGCGAGUUUUCUUUGAAAGUAUGGAUGACCAGACCAGGAUGAUGACGGGUCUCACCGGACUCGGUGGAAUACCACAACCCGAUGUCGGUGACCCAGAUUCGGUCAGGAAACAGCAGUCCCUCGGUCAGCCUCAACAAGAUAUAGGGGAUAUCCUACAGCAAAUAAUGGCCAUCACCGACGAAAGCCUGGACGAAGCACAGGCCAGGAAGCACGCCCUGAACUGUCACAGAAUGAAGCCAGCCCUCUUCAGUGUUCUCUGUGAGAUCAAAGAGAAGACGGUGCUGAGUAUACGUGGUGUGCAGGAGGAGGACCCCCCUGAUCCCCAGAUCAUGCGGUUGGACAACAUGCUGCUGGCAGAAGGUGUGUCUGGACCAGAGAAGGGCGGAGGUUCGGCUGCAGCAGCAGCAGGGGGCUCACCCACUGACAGCAGCAUCGAACACUCUGACUACAGAGCCAAGCUCGCCCAGAUCCGCCAGAUAUAUCAUUCUGAGCUGGAGAAGUAUGAGCAGGCCUGCAGUGAGUUCACCAACCAUGUAAUGAAUCUGCUGAGAGAGCAGUCCCGCACACGGCCCAUAUCUCCCAAGGAGAUUGAGCGUAUGGUGGCCAUCAUCCAUCGCAAGUUCAGCUCCAUUCAGAUGCAGCUCAAACAGAGUACCUGCGAGGCCGUCAUGAUUCUGCGUUCGCGCUUCUUGGACGCCAGACGGAAGAGGCGUAACUUCAACAAGCAAGCCACAGAGGUGCUGAAUGAGUAUUUCUACUCCCACCUGUCUAACCCUUACCCUAGUGAGGAAGCCAAGGAGGAACUGGCCAAGAAGUGUGGGAUCACUGUAUCUCAGGUUUCUAAUUGGUUUGGCAACAAGAGAAUACGCUACAAGAAGAACAUUGGUAAGUUUCAGGAGGAAGCGAACCUCUACGCAGUUAAAACAGCGGUGGAUGCUGCCAAUGUGUCAGCGCAGGCUAGCCAGGCAAACUCUCCGGCAACACCCAACUCAGGUGGAUACCCUGCACCGUGCUACACACCUGACGGGCGGCUAUGAGGAGCUGUCAGGUAGUGGCCUCUACGCCCCUCAUCGCCUGGAUGCUAACAGCUGGCAGCACACCACCAACCCCCCCUCGGUCACCUCCCCUCCUGGUCCUCCUGGCCCUCCUGGCAGCAUUCACUCCGACACUUCCAACUGAUCCGGUGGCUGUCCACGCCCUCACUUCACUCCCGUCACGGUCUGCUCAGAUUAUCAUCCUCUUUCUCUAUUUUUCAGUCGCCCCUUUCUCUCUAGAUAGCCAUGCAAGGCUGCAUUUUCAUUUCAUAAACACACUGUGCUGGAACACAGGGCAGUUGAACAGUAGUUGGGGGGAAUCUCCCACCACUCCACAGCUCCAUGUCAGUGCUUGAAGCUCUGUUAACACCGAAUGAAAGAGGGAUGGAGCUUACUGAUGCUGAGACAGACAGAAAACAUCUUUACUGUCGAGGAUGUUUUGAAAACCACUGACCCAGCUGUGUAGAUGAUCAUGAUGUCUGUACAUUAUGUGUAUAUGCACGUUAACUUCACACAGUACUCUCGCAGCUUGUCCAUGUGCUGUUGACCUCCGCGCCCGACCCUUUGCUUUGGAAAACUGUGUGUGAUUGCCUGUAUCUCUUUAAGCCUUGGCACCGGACAGCCAGACUGUUGAUACGGAUCACCAGGGAGCUCUGCUCACCGUGCUCAUACCAAAGUGCUGCCCCAGUAGUUGUCAACACAGCUGUUCCUCCGAUAUCAUCCUCCGCCAACUCAACACAAGACGUUCUUGUAUCUUCCGGUCUUUACAGCUUGAUGUUUCAUUUUGCUGGAGAUUUCAAAGUGAAUAGUUGAGAUAUGCACAAAGGUGCAAGCCCUUUUUGCAACACACUCCUCAGCUUCUUAGUGGCUUUCACAGUAAGCUGACCUAAAAGAUGUGUCAAGCACAAAAGUUAGCAUCCUUGUUAUGGGUGUCUCUACCUGUAAAAGGGUCGUUACGGGGAUCGCUGUUCUAAACCAGGCAGGACAGGUGACAACAGGGCGGGUGAGAAGAUGAAAAGGGCAGAGAGAGAGGAGAUCUUUGGCUGAGUGGAUGUAACUAAUAGCCCUUUUUGUUGCUAACCAUUAGAGGGUGUUGGUAGACGGCUUGUAGAUUUUGCUUCUUGCUUUCUGUCCACUAGUUUAUUUGAUUAUAGGCUAUUUUCUAAUGCUGUUUCACCAAGAAUGCACCAGCCACCACCAAAAAUGAGCUCAAUAAAAGCAUCUAAAUGACAUUAGGAGAAGGAUGGAAAGACAGUGGGGCACUGAUGUGUUAUUGUGACAAACUGACAUGGAUUUAGAAAUGUCUGUCUUCCAUGCAUGUGGGACUUGUAGGCGUGAUAUUGUUUUCAUUUGACCUUCCACAUUUUUAGCUUCAUUUUUAUUAACAAAAUAAAUAAAGGGUAUAAUUAUUACAGUCAGACCAAAAAGGAGAAAGUGCAUCAUGUAUUGCUACGAUGUGUGUGUGUCUCUGUGUGGGCGUGUGUACAGUGUUCCUGGGGUGUCUCAGUUGAAAUGGCUGGUGCCCAUUAUAUAGACUGGGUGCUUCCAACAGCCAGUGACGCACCAGGUGAGACUCUGCUGAGAUCUCCU